AUGUGGGAUCCUUAUUGUGAUUUUUGUAAUGGUGUAGUGGAAAUAGUUCUGCAUGUUUUUCGCGAUUGUUGGGCAGCCAACCUGUGGCGAAAUCUGCGUAUCCAUAAUUCAGAUUUUGUCCUACCAGUUUGCCUUGCUGCUGAUAUCAAGACCUCGUGGUUGCAGUAUGCGAAAGCCAUGCUUCUUAAGAAGCGGAUGUUUCACUUUAAUCAGAAUAGGGAGCGUAUAAAAUGGCAGUCUACUGACAUCAAUUGGGUGACGAUCAGAAUGGAUGGGAUGGUUUGUCAUUCUGGUAAUAACACGGAUGUCAGCACUCACCGUAGUGCGGGAUGUGGGGACAUGGCCCAGAAAGCUGUUUGA